AUGCCUUCGCUAACAACUACAACGGAAGAGUCAACACCUGAAGAUGUUCCCAAAGCAUUACCCGAAUUUGGAGCUUCUGGUAGAAAAAUAAUUUAUAAAGAUGGCAAACCUUGUCGAACAUGUAAUACAUUAAUGGACUUUCAAUUUGCAACUGGGAAAUCAAUCUCAUCUUCAACUCAAAAAGAGAAACAACCUACAGAAUCAUCUGAAAAACCCAAUUUCAAACUAAAAUAUCCAAAAGAAGAACCACCAGAUGUUUCUCAAUUAGGUAAAUCAUCAUGGACAUUAUUACAUUCAAUAGCAGCAACAUACCCUGAAACACCCACUACAAAACAACAAACAGAGCUCAAACAAUUUAUAAAUUUAUUUUCAGGUUUUUAUCCAUGUUGGUAUUGUGGUGAAGAUUUUAAAAAUUAUAUUAAAAAAAAUCAACCAAAAACUCAAACACAAGAGGAUUUUGGUAAAUGGUUAUGUGAUGCUCAUAAUGACGUUAAUAAAAAAUUAGGUAAACCUCAAUUUAAUUGUCAAUUUUGGAAACAAAGAUGGAAAGAUGGUUGGGAGGAUAAUGAAUAG